AUGAAUAUACUAGACGGCCUUGAGUCCCUGAAGUUUGAGUAUGGCAUUCCAGAGGACGAGCGCUACUGGCUGUAUCUGCAGGGACGUUAUCGGGGACUGAUGAUCAAGGGCUGUGGCCAUGCAGUCUUUUUUUGCAAACUGGCCUGUACUUUGAGAGAAUUAAUACGUGAGUGUUCGCAUGCAAAGCAUGCGCGGGCUGUGUCAUUUGAAGGCGUAGACCCCGAGGACACGGAGGUCAAGGUGGGCAUCAUUGGAGGUGGCCACCUCGGAAAACAACUGGCUAAAGUGCUGCUGAAACUUGUCCCCCUCCCUGCCGAGAGCCUGAAGAUGUCCACACGGAGGCCAGAGUCCCUGGCUGAGUUGCAGAAGCUAGGGGUCCAGUGCCGCUAUGACAACGCUUCUGUGGCGAGCUGGGCCAAAGUGUUGUUUCUCUGCUGCUUACCAGCUCAGCUGCCUAAUAUCUGCAUAGAAAUUCAAGCCAAACUCGAGAAGACCUGCAUCGUGUACAGCUUUGUAUCCGCCGUCCCGCUACCCAGGUUGAAACUUCUCCUGAACCACACCAACAUCAUUCGGCCUCAAUAUAGUUUUACUGAGGAUUUGAACAACAUCUGGGGCGAUAAUAGGAACAUCACAGAUGCUCUCGAAGAUCCAGUGAUUCUCCGGGCUACCUGCCCCUAUAGUAAUGUUGGAGGAGUGAUCCUUAACACCAAAUGGCUGGAGGGAGUGUUCUACGCGAUCAUCAAUAUCUGUACAGCAAGGAAUGUGUUUCAUUCAAGCGUGCUGCAGAUUCUGAACAGACUGUUUCUCUCUGUGCACUUAGAAAGCUGCAAGAAAGACAUAGCAUCGUGCCCCAGAUUUCACUUAACACAUUUUAUGAACAAAAACUACGUCAAGAACUUGUUUCAUAAAAGGCCUUUCCCCUGGUUUGAUCUGAUUGCUGUGCAACUCAAGGAGACUCCCUUUAGCCAGCACCUCUCAGCCACUCCUCUUCUGCAGGACCACCUCACUCUUCUGUACUGCGUAUCAUUUGGCGUCUCCCUGACCAAAGAAGAACUGCCAGAGGAUGUCACCAUUACUCCACCCCAGGGAGAUCAGGGUUGACAGAGAGCCUCGCAUUGUGUGUGGGAACUGUA